AUGCGUGAUUACGCUGAUGAGUCUGACGACUACCAGGCUACGCUGCAACGAAUGAUCAGUCCAAGGGCGUUGAGAGAUCUGUGCCCUGAGUUGAUCAGUGUCGGCACUGACGACAACGUGCAAUUUGCCCACUCCUCAAUCAAAGACUUCUUUCUUAGCGCCAACACUAGAGCACAGUAUCGCAUUAAUGCUGUCAAGCUGCACUCAAACAUCGCCAUACUCUGCCUUAAGUGCUUUUCCAUCCGAGGUUUUAAUCCUGAGGCCAUUCAAGCAGCUUUAGCGAAGACGCUCAUUCGCGAUGAAAGUGAGAUGAUCGAUCUGCCUGCCAGAUACUAUCUACUUCCUUAUGCUGCUGCCAAUUGGUCUUACCAUGCCAGCAUGGUGGGCGAAGACUUGAAAGUUUGGGAAGCAUUCAGAUCGCUCGUUGGAAGGCCUAAGGAAACCACGUUGUGGUUGAUGCUGGCUCGUUAUGAUGGUUCGCUAGGGGCACAACGUGGCUGGUACCUCGGCCGAGAGUUUUACGAAGAUUUGAGCCUUCCACCACCGAUUCACAUUGCUGUGUUCCUCCAGAACAUACAUUUCGUCAGAAGACUGAUCAAGAGCGGGGAAGAUAUCAAUCAACUGAAUAAAACAUGGAUGAACGCGUCGGAGGAUUUUCGCAGGCCUCAGAUGGCUGUUGGCGGCACGGUCCUGCACUCUCCUAACCUUGACCAUGCUAUGCUCCAGUUGCUCAUCAAUCUAGGGGCUGACAUGAAUAUGCCCGAUCGUGACGGAAUCAGUGCUUUAGUCCAUGCUGUCAAUGAACAAGACGAGGACAAGGUUAUCAUGCUCCUUAGCCUUGCCAAGAAGCAGCGACAGGAAUUUCCAGGAAUUGGUUAUGAUCCGAAUAUCCUCAAUCAAGCAGCUACCAUGACAAUGAGAAGGGCUGUUCUGGAGAUCUUAGAUGAUCCGCUCGUCGAUCUAUCGCAUCAGCGAUUACUCGGCAAUGAUAAGAGUGUUCUGGGAGUGUAUCACACAUCGCCCCUCGAACAUGCGUGUGUUCUCGGAAUGUCCUCGAUAGCAGAUAUAAUGAUCAAGCAUCCACGCAUGCAGGCAGCGCAGAAACGACUUGAGCUGAGGUCACCGAAUAGAAAUCCGACCUCUGUGGCUUUUCUCACAACACUUCAGGGCUGGGAUGACUUGACGCUCAUUGCUAUCGAAAACUUUCGAACUGAGGUUGAUCGCGAGAGAGAUAUGAAUCAGAGGACAAUUCUUAUGCAUGCUGCUUUGGAGGAAUGGCACACUGUGCUCGAAUAUUGUGUUCAGCGUACGCAGAGAUCUAGGUUGAAUAUUCAGGACAAGAAUGGGCGAACAGCGCUUCACCAUGCAGCUAAGGUGCGGAAUUGGUUCGGCACGGAAAAACUGCUUAACGCUGGAGCCGAUUUCCAUAUGGAAGACCAUGAAGGAAUGACCCCAGCGCAUGCUGCAGCCGAAGCAGGCUCAGAUCGUGUGCUCCGUAUAAUACUCGAUCGCCGAGCGUUCAGUCCCGAGAGCGUCGAUCACAAGCGACGAAACCUGUUGCAUUAUGUUGCAACAUGGAAUUUACAUUCGAUAGCUGAAACACUGCUAGAAAUGGCUCCAGACCAGGUGUCAAUGAAAGACUCCGAUGGACGGACUCCGGUACAUUUGGCAGCAUUGUUCGGAUCAACAGCCGUCAUGGCUUUAUUACUGUCAACUGGCCUUGUAGAUAUCAACGCUCAGGACCAUGUAGGUAGGACGUUGCUUCAUCUCGCUGUUGAAGGCAAGGUUGAUUCCUGCAUCGAUGAGCUUUUGUCCCGGGAAGGUACAGAUUUGAAUAUCAUGGAUCGCAAUCUCAGAUCACCUUAUGACAUGACGCAGGGCUUCAAGGACUUGGAUCAAGCCGAUAGAAUCAGGAUCAUGUUGGAGGAUGCCGGCUGUCGUCCUGGACUAUGGCGCCCUCGACAAACAUACCGCUCCUAUCAACCUGCACCCACAAUUGAGGUACCUGAAUCAUUCCGGUAUUCAGCGAAUUGGCAGCUAUCAUUAGUGCUCAAGCCACCGCAACCCCAGAACAAACAUGAGCAAGGGGACAACCCUACUCCUGGUGAAAUAGGUGAGGACCGAACAACAGAUCCAUCAAUACGGAGGAAACCAGUACCGCCCAGGCUGCCGCCCCGAUCAUCGAGCUAG